AUGCCCGCCCCAUACAACACCAACACUGUGGCAGACGAGCUAGUCGCUGAUUAUGCCCCCCAGAUCAAAGACAAAGUGGUCUUGACCACAGGCAUCUCAUCGGGCACACUCGGCGGUUUUUUCGUCCAGUCCAUCGCGAAGGCCGAGCCAGCAUUGUUGAUCCUGGCUGCUCGCAGCGCUGAGAAGCUGGCCCAAACAGCAGCAGAGAUCACGACAGCCCAUCCUGCGGUCCAAGUCCGUACGCUCCAGGUGGAUUUGGGCUCAUUACAGAGCGUGCGGGCCGCGGCCGCGCAGGUUAAUUCAUGGCAAGAUGUCCCUGUCAUCGAUGUUCUUGUCAACAAUGCGGGAAUCAUGGCGGUGGACUUUAAGCUCUCACCUGAUGGAUUUGAGUCCCAACUAGCAACAAAUCAUUUAGGUCCGUUUUUGUUCACCAAUCUGAUCAUGGAGAAGAUUGUGGCUGCGAAGGAACCCCGGGUGGUGGUAGUCAGUAGUUUUGGGCAUCGCUUGAACCCUAUCCGCUUCGAUGAUUACAAUUUUGAUGAUGGCAAAACCUACAACAGCUGGUAUGCCUAUGGCCAGAGCAAGACAGCUAACAUGCUCUUUGCCAUCUCCCUGGCUCAGAAGCUUGCCAUGAAGCAUAAUCUCCAGGCGUUCAGUGUCCACCCGGGGGUGAUCUGGACCAACUUGGCGAACCAUUUAGACUUGAGUGUUGCAUUUGACGGGCUGGGGGCCCUGGACAAAUCUCUGGGUAAUAGGGAAGGUUGGCAGGAGUUUGAUGUGAAACCUCUAGAAAGGGGCGCUGCGACACAUAUCUACGCGGCAUUCGAUCCAUGCCUUAAAGCCAAUAAUGGAGCGUACCUACUCGACUGUCAUGUGGCCGAUCCUUUGGUGGACACCGUCAAACCUUGGGCCACAAGCAGCUUCGAAGCCGAAAGGCUCUGGCGAUUGAGUGAGAAGCUGGUGGGACAGGAGUUUUCGUACUGA